AUGUCUGACAACGGCGAGGUCGAAGUCGAAAAUCCCGUCUCAGCUUUCUCUGUCCUACCCAAAGACGUCACCGCUGAGAUUGGCAGCAUCAAGCUCUUCAACAAAUGGAGCUAUGAAGAUGUUGAGAUCAGAGACAUCUCGUUGACCGACUACAUCCAAAUCAGAUCUCCCGUCUACAUCUCCCACUCCGCAGGCCGAUAUGCCGCCAAACGAUUCCGAAAGGCACAAUGCCCAAUCAUUGAACGACUGACCAACUCCCUCAUGAUGAACGGUCGCAACAACGGCAAGAAGCUGAUGGCUAUCAGAAUUGUGGCACACGCUUUUGAGAUUAUCCACAUCAUGACCGAUCAAAACCCCAUCCAGAUCGCCGUUGACGCCAUUGUCAACUGCGGCCCCCGUGAAGACAGCACCAGAAUUGGAAGCGCAGGCACAGUCCGAAGACAAGCCGUUGAUGUCUCUCCUCUCCGUCGUGUCAACCAAGCCAUCGCCCUCCUUACCAUUGGUGCCCGUGAAGCCGCCUUCCGGAACGUCAAGAGCAUUGCCGAAUGCCUCGCUGAAGAGCUGAUCAAUGCCGCUAAGGGAAGCAGUAACUCCUAUGCUAUCAAGAAGAAGGACGAGUUGGAACGUGUGGCCAAGAGCAAUCGGUAA